UCUCGUCGGACUUUUCUCCAAAAAUGAUCCAUUUCCCAAAACUUUAUCUUUCUUCACAGUUUUCCUGGAGUCAGCAUUGGGUGCUAGACAUGAAUGAACCUUGGGCGUCAGGAAAAAACCCGCAUGGCGCCUGUCUGACUUUGCCAGCCAAGCCAACAAUUAGAAGCCAUGUCUGCCUGAUGAAUGUCUGAUGAUGUCACAAUUGAAUACAGUACAGUAUUGUCUUGAUGCCGAAUGUGCGCGGUGGCAAGAAACUCUUGCGUUUGCUAUCCCUUGUCGAGACAUCAUAGACUCAUGUCUCCGUUUAACACACUAAUUGCUCAAGCGUUCCUCCGCAGUGUUUAUUUUCCCGUGAAUACACGUCAGAGCAAGAACCGCCUGCAGGUGCCACAGGUUUGAGUUCUGACCUCCGCUGAUGACUUCCUAUCCGAGGACCCUCUGUGCUACGUCAGCUCUAAAUCACGUCGCGUUUCCCAGGAGACUUCACUCCAUGGUUACGAGUUGCUAUGGAAAUACACAUUCGCUGUAGAAUAUGCUCGGACUAGACGGGACAUCAUGUGGGAAAGGAGAGACCCAGGAAGAAGCCCCCAGGGCCCCGGAGGGGGGCGAAACAUGGGGGUACAUCGCCACGGUACAUGUUGAAGACCCUGCUGAAAUGUUACCCAAAUCCAGAAGAGCACUUACCAUUCAGGAGAUUGCAGCGCUGGCCAGAUCAUCACUGCACGGAAUCUCCCAGGUUGUGAAGGACCAUGUGACAAAGCCAACCGCCAUGGCUCAGGGGCGGGUGGCUCAUCUGAUUGAGUGGAAGGGCUGGUGCAAACCCAUGGACUCGCCACUGGCCUUGGAAAGUGACUUCAACUCAUACUCAGAUUUGUCAGAAGGGGAGCAGGAGGCCCGCUUUGCAGCAGGGGUAGCUGAGCAGUUUGCCAUAGCUGAAGCAAAGCUGCGGGCAUGGUCAUCAGUGGACGGUGAUGACUCCAAUGAUGACUCAUAUGAUGAAGACUUCACAACCAUGAGUGAAGCCACCAACUCUGCAGAUACAGCAGGACCCUACCCUCAUUACCUGAGAGACCUUCUCCAUAGUCAUGUGUGCCAACAACUGAGUGUACGCCAGGGAUCCUGUGAACAGGACUGCGAGUCUCCACAUGCGCUGUCUCCUGACACCAUCUGCUCCAGCCUGUGCAGCUUGGAGGACCACCCCCUGCUCAAGGACUUGGGCUCCCCAACUGACCUAGCCACCAAGCUCUUCAGAGCCCUGCAUGGAGGCGAAGAGUUGCUGUCCAAGCUGCAGCGCAGUGGGGAAAGUGCCUUCCGGAGCCUGGGACACCUGAUCUGUGAGGACUCUUCGUACUCGGUAUCUUACGAGUCAUGCUUCUCACCUGAGGAUGAGGUGGACACAGUGUACAAAGAGGACAGCGCUUACCCUGUGAGGAGGAAGGUGUCAGACGUUGCUUCCUCAGGGGUAGUGUCUUUGGAUGAUGAUGAGGAGGAGGAGAACGAGGCAGACUGAAGACCCAGGCCUAAACCACUGGCUCCUCUUCACAUUUCAGCAUGCUUUGCUUUCUUUCCUCUUGGUUUGGUAUCUUGUCUCGAGGCGUCCAAACAAUCUUCAUUUUGUUGGUUAUCCUUUUUUUUUGUUUUUCAGAGCGGCUCGAUUGCGCCUUUCGCACAAACCGAUUGCUUGGGGUUUGGCGCACUUUAAUUGCAUGAUGGGGUGUCGGCACGUUUGGACCCCCGCCUCCCCACUGCCCGAGAUGGCAUGGCUUGAGCUGCCAAAUGCUGGAAUGUCUCUGAACAGACAGGAUCGUAUCUUUUCUUUUUCCAAUGACUCAUCCAAAACACCACGCAAGGCUGUUCUUGCUCUAGUUUUCUACCCCCUUUGGACUUUGUGGACUUUGAACAGAUGCAGUAAAAGCAGAAGUGCAUUACGUCUCAGAAUUUCUCUAUUUUUGUAUGCGUUGUCCUCAUUGCUGUCCGGUGGUUUUGCACGAAGCUUGGUUAGUGUUGCUGUAGAGACUUUACUAUCCAGACUGAUCACCUACUGUACCUUUCUUUUGGACUCUUUAAACCAAGUGGAUUGUACAGGCGGUCUGUAAUUCCUUUUUUCUGUAUUUCUCUCUCUCUCUAUUUUAUUUUUUUUCUUAUCACUGUGUGAUACAGCCUAUGGGAGAGACCUGACCCACUGCACCCCGCUGCUCCCAGUUUUAUAUGAUCGACUGGCUCCAUCCUGUACAGAAGAAGACAUGGAGGGAAGCACAGGGGGCAGGCAUAGUGCAAGGUGGUGGUGGUGGGGCGCCUGCCCACGUCUUGAAAACAACCAUGUCGGUUUUCUCUUACAUUCCACAUCUAACAGCUCAGGUGUAACUUGGUUUAAGUGGCCAGCUUUUAGGGUAGCACCUCCGGGUUAGUGAAAUUUUCUACUGAUCCUUUUGCUGUGGUCCACUUUAUACCACCUUCCCAGUGAUGUUGGGCACCUGGAGUGCCAUGGGGUAGGGCAGCGCCCAUUUGAAUGUAUGUCAUACUGCUGCCCCUUGGGAAAUGGGGCCAGUCUUGGCACAGUGGGAUUACACGCCAGUCCUUUGACCCUGUGCCCUGCUGUAUUUGGUAUUGGUGGGUUUGUGUGGAGCUCAAUGGGUUUGGAAACUCAGGUACACAUAACAUGCUGUGCCUUCAUCUCAAUGCCUUUUUUAUUUUAAUUGUAGAUGACAUUCCCAUGAGUCUCUGAGGCCUACUGCUCGUCUCCCUUAUGUGUCAUCCUGUAAAUAAUUUCCUGUGCCCUCAGACCCUGACGUCCGCAUGUUUCUUCCCGAAGAGCACCACGCAUGAAAACGUUGCCGUGAAUGCGCUGGACUGUAGGACCCUCUUGGUCUGGUCUGGUUGUUGGACGUUUGGUUUCUGUCCUAUGCUAGGUUAUGGCAUACACAAUAAAAGGUAUCUCGCCAAUUAAACGUGUUCUGCAUGCAGAAUGGCGCUGUAAUUCCUGAUUCUGCACACUCCAUCAAGGGAACUGAGGAAAAAGUGUGCCAACUGAGACACAAACAGUUUGCACCAAGAAAUGCAAAGGUUAGUAAAAGACUUGUGAACACAGAAUUCUGCAGUAUGUGUGGAAGCUGCUGUAAGCAAAGUAUAAUGCCAGUCAAACAUGUGAGAAGAAAGGCAUGCAGGUAUAUUUGGAAAAAACUAUCUAAACUUUACCUGCGCAACUUUCCUGGCUAUUGUCAGACUGGCACUAAGAAACUGCUGUAAAAGGCAUUUUGUGAGCUUCCAGACUGUGUAUCCCGUCUCCGGUUCUUUUUUUCAUAUGGUUGUUUUAUGUUGCUUUUCCAGUAAAACACGGCAAAAAAGAGUUCUUGUUUUAUUACUAUACAGUGUAAAAACCCCGCCGACGACUCCGGCUGUUUUGCUGCUCCUUGUCAAUUUGAGAACCCCAGGCUCGCGGCCGUUUACGGAAAGGGGCUUGGCUCUCGAUUUGACGCUAUUGGUUCGGGUAGGAUGUGGUUUACGUAGCGCUCACUGAUUGGUUUCAGUGCCUGUCCAUCAUAAGGACAGUCUCGUGGUGGUGCGUUUGGCGCCAUUUUUAAACAGGCGCAGGGUAGUUAAUAGGGACCAUCGACGGAGAGUAAAUGCCUGGAUUAAUGGCAGCAUUUGAUCGACUUGGAAGUUCGGUUUGUGUGGAGAGAAAUAAUUAAAACAAGUCUGAAAAUUAGUUAUUCGAAUAAUUUGCACUACAGUCGUUUAGUUAGUGAAUGAUUUCCAUAUUUAAUGUCAUUCUUAUACAACUAUUGUCUCCUCUAGUAUUCUUCCUUGUAACUGAAAUAAUGGAAUUGGUCCCUCACCUUUGUAAUUUUACUCCUUGCGGUAAUGGGAAAACGGCAUUUUGUCCUUAGAGGGUCUCCGUCUUACUGAAAAUAGUGACAUUAUCAGCUUUUGAACGCCCUGACGUUGUUCACGCUUUCUGGUGGGUACCCAAUAUUACAACGCUGGCUCAGUCGCACACUUUUUCCUUCCUAAACCUUAGGCGGAAUAGGCCGGGGCCUCUCCAAUGGGCGUGUUCUCCUUGGACUGCUUCACACAUUGACACUCGGAGUUGGGAGAUGGCUUUAAAAGCGCGCACGGGCCGAUCGGGGGACAGUGUGUUCGUGUGGCGAUCUGAUUAACCCGGGGCUCCGCUCAGGAUAUUUUGUUGAACAGUCUGUGCAGCGUCUGCUUUGUGUAUUUGACAGUAAAGCUUUAACUGGUAAAGAACGUUGAAUAAAAUUCGGAUUGUUUGCAAGACCA